AUGGCAUGGUCCGGCCACUCCCAGUCCCCCGUCCUACAGACCCAGUCCAAGGCCAACCCCACUCCACAGGCCAACCAGCCAGUCAACCAACGCGCUCCGCUGCAAUGGUGUGUGGCCCCUCCUCCAGUCCCAGAUGUUCCCCGUCCCAAACGGAGGCGCGUACACUACAUGGGGCCAGGUAUCUUUACCUCCAACCCUGUCUGGGGUCCACGGAUGCUGGCUACUGGACACUGGAUGGGCAUCCUGAGUGUAGUUGGCCAGGCUCACGUCAGGCCUAAAGUUUCCCCCAGCAAGACCACCGAAUCACCCACACAGCCCACUGUCCAGGGCAUACGCAGUAUCACCUCACACCUCAGUCAUCGAUUCGCUGGGGAUGAGAUCCGGUGCAGCAAGACCCUUGAGUUCAGAUACCCGCGUGUUUUAUCAGCCCUUGUGACUGCGAAAUACAGCCACUUGGAUGGACGACUAUCCAAGAUAUCUGGCAUGACGCCCGUCAGCGUGUCCCGAAGGCCGCACACCUUCUUCCAGCAUGGCACUUGCUCUCCCGCCCGAAGCACCCUCCCCAGCAUUGUUGCUGCCGUAUGCCAAGUACGUACCUCCGGCAUAUACGUACCAAGUAAGGUUGUGAUCCCUUAG